AUGGCCAACCGGACGGACAUCAGCGCCAUCAAAAUCUUUGGCUCCAAUCCGCAGUACUUAAUAUCGAAUAUUAUACGGAGCAAAAUAUAUGAGAGCCCCUACUGGAAGGAGAAAUGCUUUGCCCUCACAUCCGAAUCAAUUAUCGACCAGGCGGUGAACCUAAAGUACGUUGGAGGAACCUACGGAGGAAACAGAAAACCAACUCGGUUCCUCUGCUUAGUGCUGAAGUUGCUACAAAUACAACCAGACAAAGAUAUAAUCUACGAGUAUAUAAAAAAUGAAGAAUUUAUUUAUUUAAGAGCUCUAGGCAUUUUCUACCUUAGAUUGAUUGGAAAGAGCCUAGAAAUAUAUCGGUAUCUAGAACCCAUUUUAUUUGAUUACAGGAAAAUGAGAAUUAGGUUGCAAAAUGGCACCUUCGAAAAAAUUUACAUGGAUGUAUUUGUGGAUAACUGUUUAGUUAUGAAUAACUUUUUGGACGUUGAUUUUCCAAGCCUCACAAAGAGACAAGUAUUGGAAGAUAAUAAUUUACUAGAGAAGGUUAAUUUGGACUACUAUAAGGAGUUGCUAAAUAUUUCCUCAGGCAAUGAACUGUUUGAGAAUCAAGCCAAGGAAAGAGGCGAUGAUCCCCCUGGUGGGGGCUAUGAAAAGUGGGGGAAGAAUCGGGGGGGAAAUAGCACCCCAAGUAGUGGCUAUGGAUCGGGAGGUGGUGGCCAUGUGGAGAGGAUAAAAAGGAAAGAGAGAUAUGGGUACUGGGAAAGAGGUAGACAGAGGCGCAGGGACAGGGAAAGCCGCGAUCGAGAUACGGAUACGGAUCGGAGCUACUCCCGCGAUCAAGAUAGAGAGAAAAGAAAACGGGGAGAAAACAAACGAACUGAACACAGGAGGCACAAAAAAAAAAGACACUCUGCAGAAGGGCGAAAAAACUACUCCACGAGUGAAUCGCCCGAGACACGCAGGAGAGAGAGGAAGAGGCGAUACGAGCGUGAAGACUCGGAUAAAGAGAAAAUAAAAAAAAAGGAAAGGAGGAAAAGGGAAAGGAGGGAUAAGGAAAGGCAGGAAAAGGAAAGGAAGAAAAAGCAAAAGCAAGAAAAAGAAAGGAAGAAAAAAGGCGAUUCUGAUGUCGAGGAAAAUAAAAAGGAUGAUGCAUUGUCUGUAGAGCGAUGGAACAAAAUCAGGAAGGAGUUAGGCCUGAAUCCGCUCCAAUGA